AUGGAGAAGUCAAAAAAUAAAACCUUUUUAAAACCACCAUCGAAUGAGGAGGAGAGGGCAAGUGAGCUCAGCUCGCUUGCUGUUGCUGGAGAGAGCCGGAGUGGCUCUGUUUCCCUUGGGCCCGUACGGGCCCCAAGUCGGAGGGUGUCGGGCUCUGAGUCCGAUUCCUCAUCCGCAUCAGGCGCUUGCUCACUGCGCAGCGUGAGCUCGCAGCGCCCGAAAAGGGGGACGUUUAAACGUCCCAGGUUGGAGGAGGGUCGGGGGCCGUCCUCCAACGAGCAGGAGGCCCCAGCCCCUAAAAUCCCUACGGCCUCGCGGGGAAGGGGUAAAAGAAAGGGCAGUGAAAGGCUGGUACCCACUACUCAGGCCGAACCAACGGAAGCCGACUCCUCUGAAAUGGAGGUGUCUGGUGGCGAGGGCUCAGUAGGCCAGAAUAUUGGUGUAACUGGCGAGGUUAGCCUUCGCAAGGCGGUUAUGGAGGCACUCCGUAUGGUGGCUGGACAGAAGUCCCAGAACGCCCGAAACGGAGUGCUGAGACACGCGAAGGCUACUAUUAUGAAGGCCGCUCGGCAAAACGGGGCGCCUUUAGCAGCAGGGCGGCAGAUGACCGCCUUGCAAAAAGAGCUGGGGGAGAUGCGGCGGGAAAUGGCCCGGUUGACAGCCUCCAAUGCGGCUAUGGAGGCCGAGCUUCGGUCGGCUAAGGCCGAGCUCGCCGCUGCUCGCGGAGGUCGAGGCCAGCCUUCACAGUCAACGGAGGCUGACAUGAUCGACCUAGUGCGGCGAGAAAUGGCUGCUUUCCAGCAACGUUUUGACGUGCUGGAGGGCAGGAUCCUCCGCCCCCCACUAGCAGCGAGUCAAAGAGCGCCAAAAACCUUUGCAGCUGCAGCGGCGACCAAUUCUGGUCAGUCAAGCCGCUCUGCUCAAGGCCAACCGCCGGCGAGAGAGCUGGUAGCCUCGCCAGCGCAGGCUCCGGCUGCACCAGCUGCCAAGGCGCCGAUAGGUCGUAGGCGCAGGGGCACAGUGAAUCAGCCGGCUGUUGCCCCAACCGGAGUAGAGCCUACCCCAGUAUCGGAUUCUCCUGUUGAUGGCGGCCAAUGGCACGUGGUUGGAGAGCCGGACGCGGUUAAAAGGGGCGUCACGUACGGCGACGUCCUCGCCAAGCUGAAGGCGGCGGUAAAUCCUGCGGAGUACGGGGCCCCAGACGGGUUUUCUAUGAAAGUCACGGCGACUGGAGCCCGCCUACUGGAGGUUCCCGGCGAGGCCAGCGGUCCAUCCGCUGACGCUCUUGCCGAAAGGCUCAGGGCGUGUCUCGGGACGGACGAGGCUCGCGUGUCCAGGCCCACCAAAAUCUGCUCCCCUCCUGCCAAAGCCAGGGGCAAGGCUAGGCCCUCCGCAACCCCCGCCGUUCCCGCCGCCGCCACCGCAGUAGCAACCGCUUCCCCUACUGCUGCUGUCGCCGCGGCCGCUGCCGGCUGUAAUGCCGCCGAGGAGGUCGUGAUGGAUUGUCAAUAG